AACAUUUUAAUCACCAUCUCAUCCUCUCUCCUUUCAGAAAGAAACUUGCAUCUCCUCUCUUGUGGAUAAAUACUUUUGAGAUGUCUUUCAUUUUGGCAGCUCUUGACAAACUGACUUACUUUUUGUCACUGAUAGCCUUUUGUGUCAGUCUGUCUUAUAGCUGGCUGAAAUGAGAGAUAAUUCAUCAGAUUUGAUCUGGGUUUGGAAAUUUUGGACAUUUUAAGCUGAUUGCAAGUGGAUUGUGACAGCUUUUUAGUUUGGGAUGCAUCAUUGAUAUGCCUCAGCUUCGAAUGCUUUGGAAGCUGACCACUCUGAGUAUGUUUUUUUUUCUUCUGAAAUGAGGAUAACUGACUUGAAAUGUCUCUAUAUAUACCAUCUAAGGACUGAGGAAUUCUUAGACAACUGAAAGGAUGAAACAUUUUCGAAGGUGUGCCUGGAAGUAAAAUGAGUCUGUUUUAAUCUGUGCAGGUGCUAUAAGAAUAAGAGAAUAAGAGGAUGCUCCAACACAGUGUGCUGAGGAUAUGCCACUUUCUUCUGUUGGCACUGUGCAUUUUUGCCAGUGAAGACUUUGACUGGACCAAGAACGAAAUGGGAUCAUUUCAAUAUGGCACAUUUCCUUCAGGAUUCUCUUGGGGCGCUGGCAGUUCAGCAUAUCAAACAGAAGGAGCAUGGGAUAAAGACGGAAAAGGAAAGAGCAUCUGGGAUGUGUUUUCUCACAAAAGAGGGAAAAUUCACCUAAAUGACACUGGUGACUCUUCCUGUGAAGGCUAUCAUAAAAUAAAGGAUGAUAUCGCACUAAUGAAAGACAUGAAGCUGAACCACUAUCUCUUUUCCAUCUCCUGGCCAAGGAUUCUGCCCAGUGGCAUUAAGAAUGACUACAUCAAUGAGAAAGGGAUACAGCACUAUGAUAACUUAAUUAAUAUGCUUCUGGAGAACAGAAUAACGCCGAUUGUGACACUGUACCACUGGGACUUACCUCAGGUUCUGGAGGAGAAAUAUGGAGGUUGGCAAAAUGCCAGUAUGGUCAAUUUCUUCAACGAUUUUGCCAAUCUGUGCUUUGAGAGAUUUGGCAAUCGCGUCAAAUACUGGAUCACCUUCAACAAUCCUUGGUCAGUUGCAGUGGAGGGUUAUGAGACUGGAGAACAUGCUCCUGGUCUGAAGAUGAGGGGUACUGGUGCCUAUAAUGCUGCCCACAACAUCAUUAAGGCUCAUGCCAAGGUCUGGCACACAUACGAUGCCCAGUGGCGAAACAAACAGAAAGGUAUGGUGGGCAUCUCCCUGUCAGCUGACUGGGGAGAACCGGUGGACAUCACCAAUCAGCGCGAUAUAGAAGCCGCUGAAAGAUAUGUCCAGUUCUACUUGGGCUGGUUUGCCACACCACUCUUCCAUGGAGACUAUCCUCAAAUAAUGAAAGACUACGUAGGUAGGAAGAGUGCCCAGCAGGGCCUGAGUAGCUCUCGCCUGCCUACGUUCAGCCCUCACGAGAAAAGUUAUGUCAAAGGCACUUGUGACUUCCUGGGCAUCAGUCACUUCACUACGCGCUACAUCACACAAAAGAACUUUCCUUCCAACCGUGCAAACAGCUACUUCACUGACCGUGACCUGGCUGAGCUGGUGGACCCACAGUGGCCUGAUCCUGGAUCAGAUUGGCUCUACUCUGUGCCAUGGGGCUUCCGGCGUCUGCUUAGCUUUGUAAAGACACAGUAUGGAGACCCCAUUAUAUACGUGACAGGAAAUGGUGUAUCAGAGAAGAUGAUGUGCACAGAACUGUGUGAUGACUGGAGAAUGCAGUACUUGAGGGAUUACAUCAAUGAAAUGCUCAAAGCGGUUAAAGAUGGAGUGAAUGUGAAAGGCUACACAGCUUGGUCAUUGCUUGACAAGUUUGAGUGGGAUGAGGGCUUCUCUGAAAGAUUUGGCCUGUACUACGUGGACUUUGGCAGCAAAAAUAAACAACGCUACCCCAAAGCAUCAGUUCAGUACUACAAGCGCAUCAUCAGCUCGAAUGGUUUCCCUAAUCAGAGAGAGAUUGAAAGCUGGAAAAGAAAGGCACUGGAAACAUGCACCUCAAGUAACCAGCUCCUUGCGGCAGCUAGAAGAAAAUCCAAGGAAAAUAAGGAACAUGCAGAUAUGCCAAAGGUUUGGCCUGUGCAUGAUGAAGUUUAG